AUGAUGAAGACGUUUAAAGCAAGGAUGUGCAGAAGGGUGGAUUACUUUUCUAAAGACUUGAGAGAUUCUGGUUUGUAUUACGAUGAUGAUAUUAUACACCGCGUAUGCUUGAAGUUCUAUUUCUUGGAUGUCAUACAAAGUGAACUACACAGCGCUGCACUGGAGGGGAAUGCCCUUUUUGUCUUUUCCUAGGAGACUUGUCCAGUCAUGUUUCCUGCUACCUUUCCCGUCUGCAUUUCUUUGUUCCCACACAUCAAAAGAAACACCACAAGAUUUGAUUACCCUAAUAAGGCUUUUUAGGUAUAACCCUGUUGCUGCCCCCUUUUUAUGGUCUAAGUCAUCAUCUUUAUCCCAGUCUAGGCACUCCUGCACUAGAUUUCCAAUCAAAAUAUCUGUGAUUCUCAGCAUUAAGUGCAGCUCGUCUACCACUAUAUGAUCCAGUGGGAUAUUUAAUAUAGGUUGUUUAUCACAACAGUAAUUUUCUCUAGAUUUUUUAGACAUUUCAGAAAUUUCUUUCAGUGUUCUUGCUGAGGGGGGAGUGUUGUAACUUGUGUAGUCAUUGUUGAUUCUUCAGCGAUUAUUUUUGUGUGUUUUUCACUAGGCACAAGCAUAAUUGAAUGUUGCCCCCUUGAGUCCAAGCAUUAGUAAAAUAAAUUUAUAAUCAUCACCAAGAUAGAAUUCAGUUUUAACCUCUUGGCCAUCCAUCCAUCCAUCAUCAUUACCUGUGGCAGUCAAGUCAUUUACCUCAUUGAAUAAACUCUGGAAUGACUAUUUUAUUGUGUGGUAACUCUCGGUUCCAUUGACUAUGCCAAGAGUUCUGUUUCCUUUUGCAGACAUAACGGACUCCUCUGUUUGCAGAAUAGAAAAUGAAAGUAUUUUUCCAAUGAUGUCAUAUAAUCUUCGAGCUCUUUGUUUGUUUUCUGCAAAACUUGGGUUUCAUUUUCCUUUUGGCUCACUGCCUGCACCGUUUCCUCAUAGAUUCUUUCUUUCUCCAACUCUAAAUCUUCAUAGGCCUUUUUCCAAUCUUGUAGUUCAUUUUGUAUGUUUUCAAUUUCUUGAUAGAGUUCAUGAACAGGCUUUGUUUGACCCUCCAUAACAUGAAACUUUCGGACUCGAUUAUCCAACUCUUUUCUUGCCCUGCUCUUAGUUUUUUUGUAAUCUAAUGACAUUUUAUAAGCAAUAUUUAACAAAGCUUCAUCAAUUACAUCUCGUAUAUUUUCAUCAUCGCUAAAGGCAAAGCAUUGCCCGAAUGUGCACUUUUCCACCAAAUCUAUGUAGCUGAACCUUUUUGCCGUGGGUGAGUUUUUUGCUGCGCUUGUAGAAGGAGAAUUUGCCCUUAUCUUUUCACAUCCGCUUGACAAAUCUUGACCGGAAGUGUCACGCGACAGAACCGUUCGUUCUUGAACAAUUUUAUGCCAUUCUCUUAAAAGAGGAUAAGGAAUUUCCAAAGUAAAAAGCACUCUUUUCUCUUUUUCCCUCGCCUCAUAUCUUAAUUCCGGUUGAGUGAAUCUGAUUGCAUCCUUAAAACGCGAGCAACAUUGACUAAAUUCGUCGCUCAUUUUACUUGCAAUUUUCGGAGAUUGUGUAACGCCAUUGCACAAUUUUUGGGUUUUAAAAUGGCGUCACAUUGAGAACUAUUCAGUAGUAUUUGGGCUGUUUUUCCACCAAGUUUGGAACCGAUUUAGUGGCCUCAAUGACUCCUAAUUUUGCAUUAUAAAUGAAGUUUAGCAUGUAAACUAAUCAGUUCGAUCUGGAAGAAUAUUCCUAUGAACCAGCGAAGUGAGGUAAUUUUCGACAAUUUAAGCUACUUUUGGACAGUUAUUAAGAAAUGUAUGGCGGAGUGCGAGGAUUUCUACGUCCAAAAAAAAUUGCUUCGGGAACCGCUUUAACACACGCAAAUGCACAUAGAGCACGCAGCGAAAGGUUGUACGAAUAAUCCACUUUAUUUUGCGAUAUGGAAGAACUUGUCUCCUCUGACGGUUGUAACACAGAAGCAAUUAUUAAAAGAAGGUUAGCUAAAAGUGCACUAUUUUCCUUGUAGUGAUUUUGCGACUCGUUUGUAACCUAAGACCGAGUUCGACAUCGAUGCGUGUGCGUGGCGGCCAUGCUGUCACGGAUUUCUGGCCGUCUAGCAAUGUGGAAUCUCCUUUGGGAAAGCCAGAUGUACUCUACUUCGUUCCAGCAUCAGCAGAGAGUCAAGAUUAUAUGACUCCUGUUGACAUCGACGAGAUUAAAAUCGCAGAAGAUACGUGUGCUGAGCAACUACGAGCGAGAGGAUGUUGUUCUUAG